CAUAAUCGCUUCAGUUCAUAAUUUCCCUAUAAACUCGUCGUUUAUGAAUAAUUAAUUAAUUAAAAAAAGCUAAAAUGAAAGCUUUCUUGGCUCUUUUUGCGUUGAUGACCAUCGCUAACGCACAAGCUCCUCCGUUUCAAAUAAAUGGAAGUGCUUCCGUUGGGGCAAAUUCAAGUCAAAUUCAAAUACAAGGUGAAAAUAGCACCCAAAAUUCAGAACAAGGUCAAAAUAAAGGUGGAGCACAAGUUUCCGGUGGAGUUAUUAUAAACGGACCUCCACGGCCAGGAGCCGCUCAAAAUGGAGGUGGGGCGGAUAUUGGAAGUUUUCUUCAAGGUGUAUCUAAUGGAAUUGGUGAUUUUAUCAAAGGAUUUGCACAACCAAUUGAAGCUGUAGGAAAAACAUUUUGUUUUGCAAUUGAUUCUGGAACUAAUCAAGUAUUAAGACUUGAUGAUUUCGCUGGGAAAACUUUCUCGGUUAGUGUUGAUGGAGUACCGAUUUAUAACGGAACUAUUCAAGGAGGGACUGGAAAUGGUUCAAAUGGAAAUGGUUCAAAAGGAACUGGUUCAAAUGGAAGUAAAAGACAUCAUCACGGACAACAUCAUUUCGAUUCUAAAAAAGCAAUGAACCUUAUCGAAAAGUUGAAAGGUGAAAAAGAAAAUUUUGAAGAUAAAAGACAUCAUGCAAGAAGAGAUGCGCAUUAAAUAUGCUAAAAAAAAUUAUUAUUGUAAAUUUAAAUUGAAAUGUAAAAAAAUAAUUUGACCCGAAUAAAAAUAUAUUGGCA